AAAAAGAAUUGGACGAAAGAACCUUGGAUGAAUUGACUGAGAGAUUUGUUCGUCAUCUCCCAGAAAUUCUGGAAAAAUCCAAAUUGAGUGCGGUCGACAAGUUGCCUUAUAUGACUAUGAUGCGGGAAAGACUUAACAUUUUAAUUAACUUACCUGAUCGACGAAAAAUUGACGAGGACUUGGAAAAAGAAACUAAAGAGGAAAUUAAAAAACAGCAAGAGGAUGGAGAAAUGAAAAAACAUUUGGAGCGUUUGGAAAAAGAACCUUAUCCAGAGUAUGUAAAAAAAACUGCUUACGAGGAAAUUGAACGCUAUGAGGCCAUGCAUCCUAAUUUAGUCCGAGUUCGCCAAAAACUAGACGAAAAUCACUAUGGACUUGAAGAAGUAAAGGAAAAAAUUUGCCCACCAGGAGUGGGAAAAACUUCCAUUGCUAAAUCCAUAGCCGAAGCCUUGGGUUUGCCAUUUGUCAUUCUCUCGGCAGCCGGGGUUAACGACGUAGCGACAGUAAAAGGUCAUAUCCGCACUUAUGUUGGAUCUAUGCCAGGCCGAAUCAUCCAAUUAGCCAAAAAAGCUGAGGUUCUUGACCCACAGCAAAAUAAAAAGUUUAUCGAUAAUUAUUUAGGAGAAGAAAUUCCUUAUGACUUGUCGAAGAUCGAAAAAUUUCAUAUUGCCAAAGAUUACCGCAUUCCUGUCGUUUUGGAGAAAUAUCGCUCUAUUACUAAAGACGAAAAAGGAGAGAGAAUAAAGUUUACUGACGAAGCCAUUAAACACUUAAUAAGAAAUUAUACUCGUGAGGCGGGCGUGCGAGAAUUGAACCGCAAAAUUGAAACUGUAGUCCAAAAAUUUAUUGUCCAAUUUAUUCAGGGCAAAAAAAAGGAAUUAAUAGUUACUCCCGAAAAUUUGCCAGAAUACUUGAAAAAACCCCACGAAUUUACUAAAAAACGCAAGCAUCCGGAAAUUGGAGCUGCAACUGGCUUAGCCUGA